AUGAAGUUCCCUACUUUCAUCGCCGCCACCAUCCUCCUCGGCCUGGGCGCCAACGCGUCUGCCGUCCCCGACACCGACGCAGCGAUGGCCGCCGGCAUUGGUGGAAAUAAGCACUACGGCAAAUGCCUCGCCGGCCCGAAUCAGUGUGUAAUCAACCAGAAGCACGGAGAGCAAAGAAUUGACUGCAGGAAACCGUGUUCAAGAGAUGGUGCGCGCUGCAGAGAGGGACGUGUUCGUCACCAGGCGCAUUGCUGGUGA